AUGGACCUGAGCGCCGCCGCCGCGCUGUGCCUCUGGCUACUGAGCGCCUGCCGCCCCCGCGACGGGCUAGAGGCGGCUGUGGGCUCCUCCGCUGCCCCGUCCGCCGCGGCUCCCGGGGCCCGCGCUGCGCGCCGAGCCGCCGGCUCUGGCUUCAGGAAUGGCUCGGUGGUGCCUCACCAGUUCAUGUUGUCGCUUUACCGGAGUCUGUCUGGGAGGGCUCCAGCCGGGGCAGUAGCCACCUCCACCUCGGGCUCCGGCCGCCACAGCCACGCCGACACAAUCACCGGCUUCGCAGACCAGGCGACUCAAGACUAUUCGGCAGCCGAGACUGGUCAGAGCUUCCUGUUCGAUGUGUCUAGUAUUCCCGACGCCGACGAGGUAGUGGGCGCUGACCUGCGCGUGCUGCGACGCGCGCCCCUGGAGCUGGGUCCCGGCAGCGCAACUCCGCCACCCCUGUUGCUGCUGUCCACGUGCCCCGGCGCCUCCCGAGCGCCGCGCCUGCUGCACUCGCGGGCCGCCGAGCCUCUGGACGCCGCUCGCUGGGAGGUGUUCGACGUGGCGGACGCCGUGCGGCGCCACCGCCGGGAGCCGCGCGCUGGCCCAGCGUUCUGCCUCCUGUUGCGCGCAGUGGCCGGGCCCGCGCGAAGUCUGCUGGCGCCGCGGUUGCUGGGCUUAGGCUCACGGGGAGGAGGCGGCGCCGCGGUGGAAGAGCGUGCGCUGCUGGUUGUUUUCUCCCGUACGCAAAGGAAGGAGAGCCUGUUCCGAGAGAUCCGCGCCCAGGCCCGCGCGCUCGGGGCAGCGCUGUCCGCAGAGCCACCGCCCGACCCGGGACCUAGCCCCGGGGCGCCGAAGGUGGUUUCCGGCGGCCGCAGGCGGCGACGGACGGCACUGGCAGGGACUCGGGCGGCGCAGGGCAGCGGCGGGGGCGCGAGCAGGGGCCAUGGACGCAGGGGCCGGAGCCGCUGUAGCCGCAGGCCGCUGCACGUGGAUUUCAAGGAGCUGGGCUGGGACGACUGGAUCAUUGCGCCACUGGACUACGAGGCAUACCACUGCGAGGGCAUUUGCGAUUUCCCGCUGCGUUCGCAUCUCGAGCCCACCAACCACGCCAUCAUUCAGACUUUGCUCAACUCCAUGGCUCCCGACGCGGCGCCGGCCUCCUGCUGCGUGCCUGCGCGCCUUAGCCCCAUCAGCAUCCUGUACAUUGACGCCGCCAAUAACGUGGUCUACAAGCAAUACGAAGACAUGGUGGUGGAGGCAUGCGGCUGCAGGUAG